AUGGUUCCUGAAUAUACUGUUUUAUUACCAACAUACAAUGAGAGAGAAAAUCUGCCAAUUUGCAUCUGGUUACUGGAGAAAUAUUUGAAGGGAAUCAGUUAUGAGGUGAUCGUGAUUGACGAUGCAAGUCCCGAUGGCACACAAGAGGUAGCUGAACGAAUACGUAAGGAGUAUGGCAGUGAAAAGAUCGUACUCAAGCCUAGAGAAGGCAAGCUUGGUCUGGGCACGGCAUAUAUUCAUGGCCUCAAAUACGCUAGAGGAAAGUGA